CCCAGCCCCAGCCCGGUCCAGCCUGGCCCAGUCUCCAUAACAACAUCGCCCCCAGCCUCCAGAGAGGUCUCUAGUCCUGCCCAAUACCCUCACCAUCACAUGCCCCUGCCCAACUCAGGGGACCUGUGAGAGCUGGGAGACUUGUGGCUGGAAUGCAGAGGACCCCUUCAACUCAGACCCUCCCUCACGUAUCCAGAAAGGCACACGCUGUGGGGAGGGGGGGACCCAGCCAGGGAAGGGUCCCAGUUCUGAGGGAGGUAGGGGAACUGUCACACCCUCCUGAAGACCGACACCCGACUAGGGGACAGACACGGGGUGGGGGCAUUCAGACACACCAACGGACACUCGCUGGGGAAGCACGACAUGGGAUCAGACAGCCUCACCCUGAGAUGUGGACAGACAAAGAUAGAUGGAUGGCCCCGCCAUGAACUCAGGCCAGCGGACCCCUGCCUGCUGCUGCCCGAAGCUUGGUGCCUCUGCUGGGGGAGGGUGGCGUGCGUGCAUCCCACGGGCAGCAUGGAGGGGGCCGAGGCUCCCCAAAAAUCCUGUCGCUAAGAGACAGUGCCAGUGCUGCCAAGAAGUGUGAGAACAGGGGAGGUGGGGAGGAAAGCCAGCGUUGUCAUAGUGGGAGCCACUGCCAGGAACCUGGAGGAGAUUUCAGCAGGGACUGGGCUCUGCUUCUCACUCUGCAAGCCCACCAUCCCUCCCUUUCCGUCAGCCAACCAGAAGUGACAUGUCCGACCCGGAGAUGGCAUGGGUCCCUGAGCCCCCAGCCAUGACGCUGGGGGCCUCGAGAGUGGAGCUGCGGGUGUCCUGCCACGGCCUCCUAGACCGAGACACGCUCACCAAGCCCCACCCCUGCGUGCUGCUCAAGCUCCACUCCGAUGAGCAGUGGGUGGAGGUGGAGCGCACAGAGGUGCUGCGCUCCUGCUCCAGCCCUGUCUUCUCCCGGGUGCUGGCCCUCGAGUACUUCUUUGAGGAGAAGCAGCCCCUGCAGUUCCACGUGUUUGACGCCGAGGACGGAGCCACCAGCCCCCGCAAUGACACCUUCCUCGGCUCUACCGAGUGCACCUUGGGCCAGGUUGUGUCACAGACCAAGGUCACUAAGCCGCUGCUACUGAAGAAUGGGAAGAACGCGGGCAAGUCCACCAUCACGAUCGUGGCCGAAGAGGUAUCUGGCACCAAUGACUAUGUGCAGCUCACCUUCAGAGCCCACAAGCUGGACAACAAGGAUCUGUUCAGCAAGUCUGACCCUUUCAUGGAGAUCUAUAAGACCAAUGGGGACCAGAGCGACCAGCUGGUCUGGAGGACAGAGGUGGUGAAGAACAAUCUGAACCCCAGCUGGGAGCCAUUCCGUCUGUCCCUGCACUCGCUGUGCAGCUGCGAUGUCCACCGGCCUCUCAAGUUCCUGGUGUAUGACUAUGACUCCAGUGGGAAGCAUGACUUCAUCGGCGAGUUCACCAGCACCUUCCAGGAGAUGCAGGAAGGAACAGCAAACCCUGGGCAGGAGAUGCAGUGGGACUGUAUCAACCCCAAGUACCGGGACAAGAAGAAGAAUUACAAGAGCUCAGGGACCGUAGUGCUGGCCCAAUGCACGGUGGAGAAGGUGCACACCUUCCUGGAUUACAUCAUGGGCGGCUGCCAGAUCAACUUCACGGUGGCCAUUGACUUCACCGCCUCCAACGGGGACCCGAGGAGCAGCCAGUCCCUGCACUGCCUGAGCCCCCGCCAGCCCAACCACUACCUGCAGGCCCUGCGUGCAGUGGGAGGCAUCUGCCAGGACUACGACAGUGACAAACGGUUCCCAGCGUUUGGCUUUGGGGCUCGAAUCCCCCCCAACUUUGAGGUGUCCCACGACUUUGCUAUCAACUUUGACCCGGAAAAUCCUGAGUGUGAAGAGAUCUCGGGGGUCAUCACCUCCUAUCGCCGUUGCCUGCCCCAGAUCCAGCUCUAUGGCCCCACCAACGUGGCCCCCAUCAUUAACCGCGUGGCGGCGCCAGCCCAGCGGGAGCAGAGCACUGGCCAAGCCACGAAGUACUCGGUGCUGCUCGUGCUCACGGACGGUGUGGUGAGCGACAUGGCUGAGACCCGCGCCGCCAUCGUGCGCGCCUCCCGCCUGCCCAUGUCCAUCAUCAUCGUGGGCGUGGGCAACGCCGAUUUCUCCGACAUGCGGCUGCUGGACGGCGAUGACGGUCCCUUGCGCUGCCCCCGAGGGGUGCCCGCAGCUCGCGACAUCGUCCAGUUCGUGCCCUUCCGGGACUUCAAGGACGCCGCACCCUCUGCGCUAGCUAAGUGCGUCCUGGCCGAGGUGCCCCGGCAGGUGGUGGAGUACUACGCCAGCCAGGGCAUCAGCCCCGGGCCUCCCAGGUCCUGCACGCCAGCCACGACGCCCAGCCCUAGCCUGUGACAGCCGACAACCGGACCGACACUCCCUCAGUCUCUCAGUGCCUGUCCUGACCCUUGUGACUCAAGUGACCGGUGCCUCUCCCUCUUGGACCAGCUGUGUCCCCUGGGUCCUGGAAGUGAGUGGUGAGCCCUGCGCCAUCUCUCCAGGCCCCAUACCCCUCAGCCUUGUGGCCCCUCAGUGACUUCCUUCAGUGAUCCUGACUUUCUGGCCGUUAAUAAAGGGAACCACUCCUAGCA